AUGGAAGACGAUUUUGUGUGCGCCCCAGAUUUUGCCGCUGUCUUCGACGGACAUGGCGGCAAAGCUGUGAGCGAAUACCUUCGUCAAAAUCUAUACGCGGAGCUCCAAGCUGCAUUACCUCGAGUAAUGGGAGCGCAAAUAUCGGAAACAACAAAAACUACCGAUGAAAAGAUGCCUUCUCCGUCAGGCAAGGAGUUCUGCAAUACCUUAUCCGAUCCAAUGAUGAUACAAUCCAAACGGACCAUUAUUGCGGCGAAUAUUGGAGAUAGUAGAGCCAUUCUCAGCCGUAACGAAACUGCCAUUGAGCUAACUCGUGACCACAAGCCGAGCGAUCCCAUCGAACUCGAUCGAAUUCACUCGCUCGGCGGGCGCGUUAUAUGGCAUGGGCACGUCGACACACAUGGCGACCCUAUUCCAGGGACCGGGGUCUACCGUGUAAAUGGAAACUUGGCACUGUCGAGGGCCAUCGGCGAUCGCUCCGAGCGCCCUGCAGUCACUGCCGAUCCCGACGUUUCCAUUUUACCAAUCGAUGAAGCAGAUGAUUUUUUGGUGCUCGCUACCGAUGGCUUGUGGGAUGUUAUGACGAGUUCCGAUGUUGUAGCCUUCAUACAUGCGCUGAUUGAACAAGGGGAGGAUAUCGACCGGGACCCAAUUGCUGCCAUGGUCGUGGAAGAAGCCAUUCGUAGAGGAAGUUACGACAACAUCACAGUCUUAAUUGUGUGGCUGAAUCCGUCCGCUACUAGUCUAUAG